GAACUUUCUUACCACACGCACGUUCAAGGAGAAGCAAGCCAUUCAUGUGAGGUGGUCUUUCAGAUUGAAGGCACUAUAUCAAAUCAGUGAAAGCUGCUGCCUGCCUUGCAACCUAAACUUCAAAAGCGGUACAAACACAAACAGAGACGAAUUCAACACAUCAACAAAAGAUACAACGUUAGAAGACCUCUAAAGUACCAACAAAGACACCAAACUUCAGGCAUUUCUGAAGUCCUUUAGGGAUCUCGUUCUACCUUGGACUCAAUUUCCCAUCAUGCCUCUAUACAUCCAUGCACUGGCCUGUGCCUUUGGUCUUGGCUCCUGGGUGGCCAUUAAUGGCUUAUGGGUGGAACUUCCACUCAUUGUCAAUGUGCUUCCAGAGGGUUGGGACUUGCCUUCCUACCUGACGGUGAUAAUCCAGCUGGCUAAUCUUGGGCCUCUCCUUGUUACUCUGAUGCAUAAAUUGUGCCCGAGCCGACAGAGAGAGAAGUUGGUUAUCUAUGCAGUUUUAGUUAUUGGCGUGUCAGCCUGCCUCCUUCUAACUGCUUUCUGGAAGCGCACCACUGUGAUCCUGGGAGAGCUGCACAGCACGGCUUUCUUCAUCCUCACGUUCUUUCUGGCACUGGUGGACUGCACCUCUUCUGUCACAUUCAUGCCUUUCAUGAUGCAGUUGCCAGCCAAGUAUAUCACCACUUACUUCAUUGGUGAGGGUCUAAGUGGUUUUAUACCAGGACUUGUGGCAUUAGGGCAGGGUGUGGGCAUCUCUAAAUGUGUCAACGUCUCUCAAAGUUCCACCAACAUGAGCCAGCCUGGUGAAGAGAUCUAUGUAGUGGAGACACAGUACCUCCCACCAAAUUUCUCUCCAGAGAUCUUCUUCGUCUUCUUGGCAGUCAUGACGACCAUCAGCCUCGGAGCUUUUGCUGCCUUAAACAAAGUUCCUCGCACCUUUGAGCUCUCCACCGAGAACCUCGUGCAGGAGGCAGAUGUGGUUGCAACAGCUUGCGCUGGUUUGGAUAAUCCAGGGAUGAAUGAGUCAAAAACAAGCAAGGACGAUGAAGAAUCAGAGCCAGCGAAGCCUGUGUUGGUGAAAUCAAAGUACUCACUCUCUCAGAAAGCCUUCAUCUAUUUCAUGGUGGUGUGGGUGAACGGAGCUACCAAUGGGCUUCUGCCCUCUGUACAGACCUACUCCUGCAUGCCGUAUGGGAAUCUAGCCUAUCAUCUGUCAGCUGCCCUGGCAUCAGUGGCCAAUCCAAUUGCCUGCAUUAUUGCAAUGUUCCUCCCAAAACGUUCGUUAGUAUUCCUGGGCUUGUUGUGUUUAAUGGGAACUGGCUUUGGCGGCUACAACAUGGCUAUGGCGGCUAUGAGCCCUUGUCCGCUGCUCCAGGACUCACCAGUAGGGGACGUAAUUAUUGUUGUGUCAUGGAUAUUAUUCACUGGCUUACUGUCAUAUGUGAAGGUAAUGGUAGGUGUCAUUUUGAGGGAUGAAAGCCACAGCGCCCUCGUGUGGUGUGGCGCUGCAGCGCAAACUGGAUCGAUGGUGGGAUCGCUUGUCAUGUUUCCCCUUGUCAAUGUUUAUCACCUGUUCCAGUCAGGAGACAUCUGCAGCACUGUGUGCCCAUUGUGACACAUCUAACCACAGGUAGUAACAACUCUGCUUCGGGGGUGGAAGACUAUAUGCAAUUACAAGAUAUGGACUAUUAAUGCCAGCAAGAAUGACUUUGAGUUGCUGGUCAGCGCUGGCCAUUAUGCACUUAAGGGCACAAUUCACAGUGCAAGAGACACUCUUUGCAGUGCAAAGGUGAAAAAAAAUCUAGAUUCAUAAAUGGACCACAAAGCUUUCACGAGUACUAAAGGGCAAUCUGUGGGUAAUGAGUCUAAUGUUUAACACUGAUGCUGGGUCAUGAUGAUAGUUUACUAUACAAGUUCACAACGUUUAUUGUAUUGUUUAUGGAUCCAAUCACAGACGUGUUCAUUUUAUUGUUGUAUUUUCAUUAUAUUUCAGAAUAUAUUUCUC